UGUCAGUGCCUUCCUUCUGCAGCUGGUGCCUUGAACAGUAGCUUCAGGAGCUGCCUAGCCAUCAGAGCUCCUGAAAUCCUGCACAAUGUGAACGGCUAUGAGAUCAGUGACAGCAUCUCUCCCAUAGACAACACAGAGAUGGAGGAUGACUUGUUCCAGCUAAGACAUUUACCAGUUGUCAAAUUUCGACGGACAGGGGAAAGUUCUAGAUCUGAAGAGGACAACAUAUCGGGAGAACAUGAAAUUGAGAUUAGACCCGUUCACACAGAUUUGGAAGCUGUGGAGCUGGAAGAUGGAACUACAGUGCCAAAGGAAUUCGCUAACCCAACUGAUGAUACAUUUAUGGUGGAAGAUGCUGUGGAAGCCAUUGGCUUUGGAAAAUUCCAGUGGAAACUCUCUGUCCUUACUGGGCUGGCGUGGAUGGCAGAUGCCAUGGAAAUGAUGAUUCUAAGCAUCCUCGCUCCACAGCUUCACUGUGAAUGGAGAUUACCCAGUUGGCAGGUGGCUCUGCUCACGUCGGUAGUGUUUAUUGGAAUGAUGUCCAGCUCCACUCUCUGGGGAAACGUUUCAGACCAGUAUGGCAGGAAGACUGGUUUGAAGAUCAGUGUGUUCUGGACCUUGUACUAUGGGAUUCUGAGUGCAUUUGCCCCGGUCUAUAGCUGGAUUCUCGUGCUCCGUGGGCUAGUUGGCUUUGGGAUUGGUGGUGUACCUCAGUCAGUAACACUUUAUGCAGAGUUCCUCCCUAUGAAAGCUCGCGCUAAGUGCAUACUGUUGAUUGAGAUCUUCUGGGCAAUUGGGACUGUGUUUGAAGUUCUUCUGGCUAUCUUUGUGAUGCCCACUUUGGGCUGGCGUUGGCUUCUCAUCUUCUCUGCCCUACCUCUCAUGCUGUUUGCCAUCUUGUGUUUUUGGUUACCAGAAAGUGCCAGAUAUGAUGUCUUGUCCGGCAACCAAGAGAAGGCCAUCGCUACCUUAAAGCGCAUAGCAACUGAGAAUGGAGCUCCAAUGCCUUUGGGAAAACUUAUUGUAUCAAGGCAGGUGGACCGAGGGAAAAUGCGAGACCUUUUCUCACCUCAAUUCAGAUGUACAACUCUCUUGCUAUGGUUCAUAUGGUUUUCCAAUGCUUUCUCUUACUAUGGCCUAGUCCUUUUAACUACUGAGCUAUUCCAGGCUGGAGAUGUUUGCAGCAUUUCUAGUCGAAGGAAAACAGUCAAGCCAAAAUGCAGUCUUGCCUGUGAAUAUUUAACUGUCGAAGAUUACAAAGAUUUAUUGUGGACCACUCUGUCUGAAUUUCCAGGUGUGUUGGUGACCUUGUGGAUCAUUGACCGUGUAGGUCGAAAGAAGACUAUGGCCAUAUGUUUCUUUGUUUUCUCAUUCUGUGCCCUCCUCCUGUUUCUUUGUGUUGGAAGGAAUGUCCUCACAGUCUUGCUCUUCAUUGCGAGAGCCUUCAUUUCAGGUGGAUUCCAAGCUGCCUAUGUUUACACUCCAGAGGUUUAUCCUACAGCAACACGAGCAUUAGGUCUGGGAACGUGCAGUGGUAUGGCCCGUGUUGGGGCAUUAAUUACUCCCUUUAUUGCACAGGUGAUGCUUGAAUCAUCCAUAUAUCUCACAGUGUUGGUAUACAGUGGUUGCUGUCUUCUGGCAGCUCUGGCCUCCUGCUUUCUACCCAUUGAGACUAAAGGUCGGGGCCUACAAGAGUCCAGCCACAGAGAAUGGGGCCAGGAGAUGGUGGGAAGAGGGACAAAUAAUUCUGGGGUCACUCCUUCCAACUCUGGUUCCCAGGAGUAAUCAUCAAUCCAUUCUCACAGUGCACAGACACACACACAGAUAGCAUUGCAGUCCCACAUCUACCAUUACAAUGGAGGAGUUGUAAGGAUGGCAGAGGAACCCAAAGCACUUCUCAGAAUGAGCAGGAGUACUGCUUCAGUGUGCAGGAGAAGCAACACUCUCUUGGUAACGGGUAAAGCGGUCUAUAGCCACUUGGAACAAUAAUCAAUCCCAGAUGAAAGGGUUAAGAAAUAUACUGUGCUAUGCUGCAAACACAGGCUAAAACAUUGUUUACAGAACACAGCAUAUGUUAGGCUGGUAAAUACAGACAUGCAAUAUUGAUAUUUUAUAAAUAGCUUCAAUACAAAAGGGAGUGUGAUUUAUGAGAAUAUGGAUCGACUAGAAUUGUGCAUUUGACAGUAUCAGUGCUUUAUGGUACCUUCCAUGAAUUCUAAUAACAAGUCAGGGAGUUGGUUAGGCAGUAAGGGGUGAUUCAAAAGUCUCUUUUGGAUGACAGGAUAAGAAAUGUAUGGCACUGAAGCUGCUGUUGGAUAAAACUACUAUCUUUUUUUGCAGUUCACUGUAAAUGUUCCCGCUCAGCAGUUUUGUUUUACUUAUGCAGCUAAGAAAGAAAUUUUUGUAGAAAAAACAACUGGAAGCUUUCAGUGAUUUCUUUUUGCUUCUCUUUAAUAUGCUACUGCUCCUUUCAGUGCUGCCCUGUUCUUAAUAAAACUGCUUAGAGGAAACCCGUAGUCAUUGUACGAGCAUGAUGGGAAUGCUAUUCCAAAUGCUCUGGAGUUUCAAAUAGUUAAUAUCGCUUUUUAGAUGUGUCUGUUCCUGGCACAAACCCUUGUGACUCCAGUUCAUUCCCACCCUUGUGGCGUGCAAUAUUAUUAAACUAGGAUAAAGAAUGUUUGUAGAAGGCGAUUUUGGAUAUAGUUUAUAAAUGUAUGGGAUGUAGUAGACCUUUCACAGUCUAUUUUAUUUUUCCUCUGAGCAUAUUGUAAAAUAUAUAGACUGUGUUGAACAUAUUGCAUUUAUUCAUGCAUCAUAAGCUGUGUUAUGCUACCUUCUGCCAAGUUGAGAGUCACAGCAAUUUGAUAGACUACUGGAAAUCAGCACGGUAAUUUGCAAAGUAAGCUUUAGGAUUCAUGAAACAAUAGCAAUCUUUCAAAAUGUCAUUACUUUCAGACGCACUAUCAACACAAUCUAUAUAUGAUAUUUCAUUAUUUACAAAGUGCUAUAAAAUGGACAACUCUUGUAUAAUACACGCUAUACAUAACUGGUCACUCACUUACACUCCAGAGAUACAGAGUCUUCUGGAGAUAUUCUAAAUCACAUUUCAUUCAGUCCUGCAAGUUUUGGUUAACGGUUGCUGGAGAGAUUAGCUCCAGAACUUAUAUUGUAUUCACUAAACAAGGAAUUAUGGAUAUUGGCCAGCCAAACUGGAAAAGGCUGAGAUGGUUUUCCCAGCUCAGCUAUUUACUGAGAAUUCCUGGUUUAGGGAACAUCCUUGUUAAUGUCUCGCUGUGG